AUGGCGUCUUCACAUGAGAUGGAGACGGAUCCCCUGCAGAUCUCUUCCACUUCUGCCUCCGACGAAGCUGCUGCCGCUGUGCAGGCACCGGAUGAUCAGGUUCAGGCUAUCGCCGCCAACAUGAGCAAUCAAGCCCAAACACGGGUUCAGGCCAUUGAGCAACAGGCGCAAGCUAUGGUUUCGGAGGUUUCCGUUGAAGCUUCGAGGCAACUAGCUGUGGCAAAUGAAACCAUUGCUAGCUUGAAGCAACAAAACGAGAUGUUAGCUCGACAACAGCAGGAGCUUUACAGUCAGAUUGCAACGUUGCAAAGCAUCGUAGCGGAAGUGAAGGCUGGUGCUGUAAAUACGAGUGCUACAAGUAAAGGUAUCGGGAUUGGUGCGGGUUUUGCGCCCGCCAUUACACCCAUCGCUGGGUCGCCGGGCCCUCCACCGCCUCCUGAGCCUGAGAUCUUCGACAUAGGGGAUCCCGAGGAAGGUGAGGAAGAACAGGUUGAUGAUGAUCCCAUUGUUGAGCCGCGAGCCGCCGGUAACAAUGAUCGGGGUUAUGAUGGUGGUGCUGAUGCUCAGCCUCCUGAUGGAAAUGAGGAAGAGGACUAUGAAGCAGCUACUUAUAAGUAUAAGGAUCUUAAGGACCUGAAGAUGCCACAGCUUCCAAAGGAUAGUGUGGGUUUCCGAUCGUGGCGCAACGCGCUGCUGACGCAGUACUCUGCCAUUGAUCGCACGGGCCAAGCUAGGAUUCUUAGAUGGCUGCAGGUAUGCAUUAGAACAGAGGUGACAAACCGCGAGAUUGCACAGCUCCAGAACAAUCCUGAUCAGCUCCCACGGUUAGACUCAUUCCUUGCAUCGCAGAUUUCGGAUUCGAGGUACAUGAAAGGGGAGUUCGGGCUUGAAGUGCAGGCGUACAUUGAGAGGGCGCACGCACAUGGGGUUUUGCCAUCCGGUCGAGCGAUGAUUGCAAUGCUUUCGCGCAGGUUUCGCGUAGAUCGGGUGAGAGGUGCUACGGUCACACAGCAAACACUGUUGGCUGUAACGUUGGACGGAUUCUCUUACAAUCAGAUGUUGACUUUCAAAGAAAGAGUCGAAUACAUUCUGAAUGGGAUAGCCCCUGAGCACUGGCCGUCUGACGCGACCUUGUUUUCGAGAACGUUCGGAUGGCUCUGGGAGCAAUUCUCAGAUCACUUAGCAGAGCUGCGUGAAGAUGCCAACGAGCGUCAGGAUGCUAAUGCAAAGACAAAGUUGAAUGCAACAGCAGUUCCCGCAAAGGACACCGCCGUUCCAGCAGCGCCCGGAAAGCCUCCCAAAGGGGCACCAAAAGGCUGCUCGGUGGCUAUCACAGGCCCGCUGCCUGCCGCUCUCUCCAUUGCUGACCACUUGCAGCUGCUGCAGGAGGCGGCCGCCUUUGAGGAACCUGAUCCCUUAGGCCCUAAUCCCGACCAGGACCUGCUGCUCAGGUUCCCUUGCCGGGCCCUGUGCCCCGUCUUCCAGUCCCCUCUUCUCGGGCUGAACUGGAAAGGUGAGGACCGCAUCCGCCGGGCUUGGCGAGCUGCGGCGAGCUGGAGCCUGGGCGGAAGCUCGCACUUACACUGUUGCUGCUGGCCUGUCAUGGCCGCCUACUUCAGCUUAGAGGAGUUGGUUCCGUACCACCAGUCUCGGCAGAUACUCGUGUACGAACACCCAGCGGCCGAUGGCGAGGGAGUGCUGGAGAGCAUGGCGGCAGCUGUACUCAAGAGGGACAUGGGUUUCUUGUUGGCUCUUCCUUGCGGCUUGCUAGAGGAUUCGGAGAUAGCUGCUGGUUUGGUGGCCACCAUCGAUUCGCCGCUGGGUCCGACCACCGUGGUCGACAUCCCAGCGGGCAGCUUCUCAGGAGAGACUUUCGUGCCCGCCGGGCGAACGUGCCAGGUGACACUCGCAGACUUAUCUGUGGAGGCUUUGUCCCGUGUGGGCCCUUUCGAGCACGAUCAGCCUCCAGAGGUCAUGCUUACUUUCGACCCCGCCUCUCCCGAGUUGGUACCCGAGCCGCAGGCUCUCUUGACAGCAGCCCAGGCAUGGAUAUCCGACCCCAGCGCAGCCGCCUACGAGCGGGCCACCACAGCUCAGCAGGGGGGCGCCAUUGGAAACACCGGGCCCUCUGCCGCGCCACCGGACAAGCCAAAGAAGCCGUCGAUGGCAGGGCUGUCGGCCCAACUGGACACUCUGUGCGCAACCUUGCCGGCCCUCACCAGCAAGCUAGCCGAGGUGGAUCAGAAGCAGCAGGAGAUGGCAAACCUGAUUGCAGCAGGAGGUGCUGGACCUCUCCGACAGCCGUUGGGAGGGGCCGCUUCCUCUCUGGGGGCCUCGGCAAAGGCUCCAGCCCCUUUGGCUGCACGAUUGGGCCCUCCGCCGGGCACGCGCCUACCCGCUGCCGAGCCGCUGGUUUCCACACUGGACGAAGCCCAGGAGGCCGAGGAAGCGCUGGACACCGGAGGUUCAAGCGACCCUUUGGCCCGUGCAAUGUUGCUGCAGUCCCAAGCCUUGACAUCACUUGUGCAGCAGCUAGCGGCUGCAGGAGGGGAUGGUUCUCUCGAGCCCUCCGUCGCUGGUGCCCUAGGCGUGCGAGGUUCAGCCCAACGGGCGAAAUUACAGGAGGAACUUGCGCAGGGAAAGGGGGCUUUCUUCCAACAGGUGACGCAGAAUAUCGCUCGCCGAAUGAUGCCCUCCCAGUCCCUCUCGUCUUCGCCUGCCGAGCUGCUCACCCAGGGUGUGUCGAUGAGCCGUUACCUCGAGAGGUUUGGAGGAUGGGCAAAUUCCCGCGAUCUCGGCCUCCUGGCCUACCAAGUGGGCUUGAUUUUCGAUGCCUUGCUAGCAGACCGAACCGAUCUGGCCCGAGAUCACGUGGCACUUCUUGCCACCUGCCUCGAACAGGCGGCGCUGGACCACGGCCGCAUGGAGGUAGCAUACCAGCUGACCCUCCUAGAAGAUCCCCCAUCUUCAAUGUUUCUUGCGCGCAGCGGCCCCACUGCAAGAGGGCGAGCAUUUGCACCAAUGGCAUCGCAGAGGUGGGUGUCGGUGGUGCUGGCCCACUUGCGCGAGCUCGACACGAUUCAGGCUCGCAGGGCGGAGCAUGCUCGCCCCGGACGACCGCCGCCUCAACCCACGGGCGAUGCUACCAAGGACGAAGAGGAUUCGCCGCCACCUCGGCGCCGGCCGCCGAAAAAGAAGUGA